ACUUUUACUUCGAUCAACAAAGACAAACAUUCGGAAUGAUAGUAAUUUCAAAUAUAUUUUAAUUGUACUUGUUAUUGUAAUCGUGUUUAUCAGUAGUAUUUACCUUUAAAGCCAGUUUUCUAUCCAUCAAAAUGACGAAUGCUGCCCAAAAGACUCCGAUUAGCUUAUUACAGGAAUUAUGUGCUCAACAAGGCAUGACACCUGAUUAUAAACUGAUGUCAGUUGAAGGAGCUGUCCACGCACCUACUUUCAUGUAUAGGGUUCAAGUUAAUGAAGUGGUAGCCACUGCAACUGGUCAGAGCAAGAAGAAGGCAAAACAUGCUGCAGCCAAAGCUGUUCUUGAAAGAUUGUUGUCAAAAGACGGAGAAUACCCUCAGGGUUUUCUGUCUGAUGGUGUAACAGUGAAUGCUGAAAAUUUAACUGAAAUAAUUUCUGAACCAGCAGCAGUGCCUGCAGCUGAAGAAAAUGUUGAGGGUAAUCCAGUAGGUGCAUUACAAGAACUUUGUAUGAAAAGAAAAUGGCAGCCACCUUAUUAUGAAACAGAAAAGGCUACCGGUCUUCCACAUGAGAAGGUUUUUUCUAUCAUGUGUGUAGUUGACAAUCAUACAACAUCAGGGGAAGGCAAAAGCAAAAGGCUGGCAAAACGUCAGGCUGCUGAUAAUAUGCUGAAAAGGUUAAAAGCUCUAAAAGUUGUUUCUGAUGAAGAGGAAGAGGCUGCCAAGAAGUAUGAAGACAUUAGAGUCUUUGCAAAAGAAGAUCCUGACAACAAAAUAUCAAAUCUGCAGAAAACUUAUUCUAAAAAUGUAUUAAAAUUUCUGAAAGAUCUUAAAACAUCUACAAGUUCCUUUUUACACGCUUUGCAAGAUGUUGAUCUCAUGGAUCAAAAUUUGGAUUGUUUGAAACUAUUACAAAAUAUUGCUACUGAGCAAAAUUUUGAAAUAAUUUACAUUCCAAUUGAACAGAGAGGAAAAAAUGGAGAUUAUCACUGUUUGUUGCAGAUAACUUCAUUGCCGGUUGCCGUAUGUUUUGGGUCAGCUAAUACCAGAGAAGAUGCCAAAAUAAAUUCUGCUCGUAAUGCACUGAAUUUCAUUCAAUUAAUGUGCAGAAAGUGAACAUUACUAUGAACAAAUACUUGUGAAGCAUGGUACUUAACAGAUGCUGGAUUGUCACAGGAAAUCUGAUGCAUGUAGCAUUGCAGGCUUCAGGUCAGAUUGGCCAUUUUCACUUCUCUGCUCACACUGAAUUGAAUCUUACUACUUCCAAUGAGUUUUAUUUUUAACACAAGUAUUUCAUUUGUACUUUGACUACAAAUAAGUAAAUUUAAGUCUAACUAAUUAUAAAGUAAAUGAAAGUGUCACACAAUCUCUUAGAUAUUACCAUACUUUAUCCCUAGCACUUUAGUGAUAAGUUCUGAAAAUUUUAAAAAUAAUCAGUUCCCCCCUCUAAAAUUUAGUUUACUGGUAAACUGUAUUCACGUGAUCAUUUUUAUUUUAUUAAGUGUAUUUGCAUUUUCGUAUUAGCAUUUCAUUCAUUUUAUGUUCCCUUGCAUUUAUUAUUUGAAAUAUAUUUUGUGCUGAUUCUUCGUUAAGUUACCCAGACAUGCUAGGUGUUCUCACUUUCAAUGAACUUCCUAAAUAUAUGUAAUUUCACUUUACUUCUAUUAUUAAUUCAGCUCUAGCUCGCUGUAGCCUUAUCUACUGCUGAUACUUUCGAUCUUCCGAAGUUGCGGGCUUUUGUUCACCCGGUUUCGUUCUUCCAAUGUUCCUCUUGGGAACUGAGGAAAUUAGUUUAAAUGAAAUGCAGCAAGAAAUGUGUAUAAUUUAAUAGCCCAUACAAGGAAGUCAUGGUAUCCACAUCAGAUUUUAUUCUCUUGCCAUCAUGAAAAGAAUUAGAAAUAACCAUAGCAAUCUUUUCAUCAUCCCAUUUCAUUCUUCUGUCAAUUUCACAAUUUGUAGGAAUCUCUAUAUAGUGGACCAAGAAAAUUAUAGAUAUUUGCAAAAAAUGAAAUAAUUAAAUUAGUGUCUCAAGUAAAAAUGAAAAUUUAUUUUUCUUGAGACACUUAUCUAAUUAUUUAAUUUUCUGAUAUAUUUAAAGUAAAAUUCCCUCCCCCUUAUAAAUUAAAAUACAAAACUCACUUUCUUCUGACAUAAUUGAACAAUAAAUUUUUGUAUCUAAACAAAAAGCUGCAUCUAUAUUAAUUAAAAUAAAACAAAUUCAAUUUAUUGAUAUGAAUCCCAUAACAAGACCAUUUUUUUUUUUUUUUUUAUAUUCUGAAAAAUAAACAAUAUUCCUUUUCUAGUAGUUUCAACAUACAAAGUAAUUUUCUUAAUUUUUACUGUAUAAAUUACAUAUUAACAUUCGGCAUGUCUGUAUUAAUUCUAAUUAAUGCGAACAUUGUUGUGGAGAUAUUUAAUACACAUUUGGUUACAACAGAAUUCAAAUAUUUGAACUAAUUGUAACUAUAACCUAUCCAGAUAUUUUUAAAAAAUCCAGUUAUUUUUUUAACAUGCAUUUACUGAAAGCACAUUUGGAUUUUUUUAUAUUAUUCUUUAUUUCUAUGCAAUUAUGUAGUUGAAAAAUAUAUGAUGUUUUCAUCCCUCUCAAAACUCAUUUGGAGUUACUCCUUGGUCCAUUAACUGAAGCAAGCUUGUAAUGAUAGCAGCAAAAGGAAAACUAUAAUUCUGUUGUUUUCUCAUAUUCAUGGAUUCCAAUAACAGCUUUCCAAUAUAGGAGUGCAGGGCAUGUUUCCUUUUACCAAUAUCCAUAUGAAAAUUUUUAUAUAUCUGAUGAAUUAGUUCUCAUAUCUUUUUGCAAACAGCAUACAUGCAGCCCAUCUAAUCUUUUUUCUGGUUCAUAUAUGUUAACAGGAAAAUUCUCACAUGUUGAAAAGAAUUAUUUGGAAGUUACCUCCUUGUUAAACUGACCACUACAUAAGUUUGCAAUCUACGUAUUUCAGAUUGGAUAAUUUAAGCUUGCCAAUUUUAGCAACUAAGUGUGGUGGCUGCUCCAAUACUGCAUUAUCUAUCAUAAAAAUGAAUGAAAAAUUUUUAGUUUUAUAAGUAAUAUAGGUAUGAUAUAAUCUGGCCUGAGGGAGAAGAAACGAGAUAUUAAAGUUUGAUUUUGAUGACUGUGAUGACUGCUCUUGAUGUAGUAACCCCCCCUUUUUUUUUUUCAUAUUUGGAAUAAAAUUGCUUAAUUUAAUUUUUAAAUUGCCUCAUUCAAAGAUACUCGAUCUUUUUCUUCUCAUUGGGAACCUCUGCUUUAAAAAAUCAGAUUUCAGUCUUUGGAAGUAGGGGGUGAUCAAAGAGGUUUGAAUGGCUGAUGCAUAGAAAGAAGGAAGGCCAAAGAAACAAGGCAUUGUGUUGUGAUAUGUGUGUUUAAAUGUAGUUACAUAGUUAUUGACUUAUUUGUGAUCUUCCAAAUUAAAUUAUUUUUUAUGCGAGUCAAAGGCGGUGUACGUAAAUUUGUUUUUAUGUUGUGUAUUAUAACUGUAGAAUAAUAAUAUGUUGUAGCCAAACUCUGGCAAUAAAUGUACUGAAUUUUAAAAAUAAAUAUCUUUCAAUUUGAAUAA